AAGUCACGUUUGCGAAUGGCUAACAUAAAAUUGUAGUGAGGUGUGUCUGUGUGUCAGUUUGUUUGCAGAUCACAGCGAGACAACAUGGCAGGACGUCCGUAUUAUGGGUUUGGGCAGCCUCCGCCGCCAGGCUACCCCGGUGGACCGCCCGGCCCGCCAGGUCACCCCCCACACAUGUAUCCGGCCCCUGGGGUCGUAUUCUACCCCAUGCACCCGGCCUACUUCUACCCCUACCCUGUCCCUCCCCCCUCCGACGUCCAAGUCGUGGAGCAACCCACCGAGGUGGUCCCAGAAUUGCCAGGGGAAACUGUCGAGCUGCCAUAUAGUACAUACAAGUGGGUCCCGGCUUGCUUGAGCCAGAACAGCAUCCCUCCAGGUGCGCUGCGCGUGGGCACCGACGUCGAUGGAGACGCCAUCUUUGCUGGGCGUGCGCACCACGAGGGCUGGGUGAUGCCAGCUAAGGUCAUCCCCAGCAAGAACGCGUGCUACAUCGGCCACGCUGGUGAAGAGAUUCUGGUUGACCAGUUCGAGGUGCUGGUCCCGUCGAUGUUCUCGUGGCAGUUCAGCACCAACGGCGAGGUGCCGCCCGGCGCCGUGCCCGCCGGCUCCACCGACUCCGGAGAGAAGCUCUACUACGGCAGGGUCACCCACGACGGGUGCACCACUCCCGGAAAGAUCCACCCCAGCCACGGCGUCUGCUACUACCCCUUCGACGGCGAAGACAGAAGCUCCGCGGAAUACGAGGCCCUUGUUCUUUUGUAAUUUAAGUUAUUUUUACCCCACAAUUACUACAAUGUCGUGAUCAAAUUACUACAUACUUGACUUUAACUUCUAGAGCAUAAUCGCCAUGGCUAGGUUAGCUAUUUCGUUAUUUUGCAGAUAUUGACAUUAUAAAUGAUUGAUAUUUCGCAAAUAUUAAAGCUAUAACCAAAAAUGUAUUUAUUUAGAUAUAUUUUACUAGCAUAGAAAGGUUUGAUUGCAGUUUGGAAGCAAAAAAAGAUAUUUCAUACUAAA